AUGAGUGGUGGCCACCAGCUGCAGCUGGCUGCCCUCUGGCCCUGGCUGCUGAUGGCUACCCUGCAGGCAGGCUUUGGACACACAGGACUGGUGCUGGCAGCAGCGGUGGAGUCUGAAAGAUCAGCAGAGCAGAAAGCUAUUAUCAGAGUGAUCCCUUUGAAAAUGGACCCCACAGGAAAACUGAAUCUCACUCUGGAAGGUGUGUUUGCUGGUGUUGCUGAAAUAACUCCAGCAGAAGGAAAACUAAUGCAGUCCCACCCCCUGUAUCUGUGCAAUGCCAGUGAUGAUGACAAUCUGGAGCCUGGAUUCAUCAGCAUCGUCAAGCUGGAGAGUCCCCGACGGGCCCCACGCCCCUGCCUGUCACUGGCCAGCAAGGCCCGGAUGGCGGGUGAGCGAGGAGCCAGUGCUGUCCUCUUUGACAUCACUGAGGAUCGAGCUGCUGCUGAGCAGCUGCAGCAGCCCCUGGGACUGACUUGGCCAGUGGUGUUGAUCUGGGGUCAUGAUGCCGAGAAGCUGAUGGAGUUCGUGUACAAGAACCGAAAGGCCCAUGUGAGGAUUGAGCUGAAGGAGCCCCCAGCUUGGCCAGAUUAUGAUGUCUGGAUCCUCCUGACGGUGGUGGGCACCAUCUUCGUGGUCAUCCUGGCCUCGGUGCUGCGCAUCCAGUGCCGCCCCCGCCACAGCAGGCCGAAUCCCCUUCAGCAGCGAACAGCCUGGGCCAUCAGCCAGCUGGCCACCAGGAGGUACCGGGCCAGCUGCAGGAGGGCCCGGGCUGAGUGGCCAGACUCAGGGAGCAGCUGCAGCUCAGCCCCCAUGUGUGCCAUCUGCUUGGAGGAGUUCUCCGAGGGGCAGGAGCUACGGGUCAUUUCCUGCCUCCAUGAGUUCCAUCGUACCUGUGUGGACCCCUGGCUGCAUCAACAUCAGACUUGCCCCCUCUGCAUGUUCAACAUCAUAGAGGGAGAUUCAUUUUCCCAGUCCCUGGGACCCUCUCGAUCUUACCAGGAACCAGGCCGGAGACUCCACCUCAUUCGCCAGCAUCCUGGCCAUGCCCACUACCACCUCCCCGCUGCCUACCUGUUGGGCCCUUCCCGGAGUGCAAUGGCUCGGCCCCCACGACCUCGUCCCUUCUUACCAUCCCAGGAGCCAGGCAUGGGCCCUCGGCACCACCACUUCUCCAGAGCUGCACAUCCCCAGGCUCCAGGAGAGCAGCAGCGCCUGGCAGUUGCCCAGCACUCCUAUGCACAGGGCUGGGAGCCAAGCCGCCUCCGAUGCACCUCACAGCACCCUGCCACUUGCCCAGUGCCCCUGCGCUGGGCCAGGCCUCAUGACAGCAGUGGAUCUGGAGAAAGCUACUGCACAGAACGCAGUGGCUACCUGGCAGACGGGCCAGCCAGUGACUCCAGCUCAGGGCCUUGUCAUGGUUCUUCUAGUGACUCAGUAGUCAACUGCACAGACAUCAGCCUGCAGGGCAUUCAUGGCAGCAGCUCUACCUUCCGCAGCUCCCUGAGCAGUGACUUUGACCCUUUGGUAUACUGCAGCCCUGAAGGGGAUCCCCAGGGAGAGGAAACUCACCAUAGCGUGACCUCUCGGCCCCGUUCCUUGGACUCAGUGGUGCCCACAGGGGAAACUAAGGUUUCCAGCCAUGUCCACUACCAUCGCCACCAGCACCAUCACCACAAAAAGCGGUUCCAGUGGCAUGGCAGGAAGUCUGGCCCAGAAACUGGGGUUUCCCAGUCCAGACCUGCUGUUCCUCGGACACAGCCCCAGCCAGAGCCACCUUCUCCUGAUCAGCAAGUCACCAGAUCCAACCCAACAGGCCCUUCAGGGCAGCUCCCCAACCCACAACGGCCCAGGACCCUCAAAGAGCCAGCCCCUGACCCAGUUGAAGCCUCCAGCCCCAGCCCCAGCCCCAGCAAUCUUUUCAACCUGCAGAAAUCCAGCCUCUCUGUCCGACACCCACAGAGGAAACGGAAGGGGGGUCCCUCAGAACCCAUGCCAGCCUCUCGGCCCCAGGACUUGACUGUGCACCCAGCUUGCCAGAUUUUUCCCCAUUACAGCCCCAGCCUGGCAUACCCUUGGUCCUCAGAGGCCCACCCAUUGAUCUUUGAACAUCCGGGCCUGGACAGGAGGCUGCUACCAGAAACCCCAGGCUCCUAUUACUCAAGUUCACAGCCAGUAUGGUUAUGUCUGACUCCACGCCGACCCCUGGGACCACACCCACCUGGGGAGGAGCCUUCUGAAUGGAGUUGUGACACCCCAGAGGGCAGGCCAUGCCCUUACCCACACCGCCAGGUGCUGCCAGCCCAGCCUGGCUCGGAGGAAGAGCUUGAGGAGCUGUGUGAACAAGCUGUGUGA